AUGUCUCUGCCCCCCUCCACCUAUGACCCUCGGCGCGUCUGCCUCAAUCCAUUCCCCGAAUUGAACUUUGAGAAGCACAAGCGCACAUUAGGCGUCUACACUGCCGGGUUCCUGGUGGGUGACUCGUCAAUCGAGCAAAACCGCAACUCUGACUUGAAAUAUCGUGCCUGUGCGCAGUUCACCCUUGCGAACUGGAUAUUCCUGGACGCAUGCAUCCUCUCCGCCCACGCUAAAGCCCCGUGGGGUCAACCGGACACUCCAGUUCCCGUGCACGUCAACUUCGCCGACUGGGUGCCAGGCAUAUGCUCGCUGCUCGGUUUCCUUAUAAUCAAUCUCAUUGACAAAGACCGUGUCAAGGGAGACGACGGGUUCGGGGACCCCAGGGCGGUGUGGAGAGCGAGACUAUUCUUGUUUCUCGGGUUUGCGUUGAUGGCGGGAGGUUUGGCGGGGAGUGUGACCGUUCUGGUGCUGAAAUACAUCAUGCCUGAACACACACCGCAAUUCCAGUACUACGGAUAUGCCAACGUCAGCCAGAAUGUCGCGCUUAUGUUGUCGGUUGCUGUUUUAUGGAUGGCGCAGACCACGAACAACGACUACGAAUACACACUUGCCCUGUAACUUACAUUCAUCUGUAUAAUGUUCGAUCACAAGUCAUCCUACUAAUCAAGUGUGCUC